AUGCUCACGACACGAGGGCUCGACGUCGGCCGCGUGGACGUGACGCUGCACUGCCGCGCGUGCGAAGGGUUGGUGCGGCACCCGGACGGGUCGCUGCAGAAGCGCUUCGGAAAGACCGACGCGAGGGUACCCGUGAACGUCGUCCUCCUCGCCGACCCGUCGCCGUCGCCGAGGCUCGCGGAGCGCCCGGCGCUGACGGGCGACGCCGCGAAGGACGCGAAGGCUGCGGUCUCCGGGUUCAGCGUCGGCGACGCGACGCUGUACCUCGGCAGGUCGCACUUUGGCGCGGUGGCGACGAUCGCGGCGAUCGACGAGGCGAAGGGGUUGGAGGUGACGAUCGAGCCAUCCGCGGCGUGCACGGGGGUCGGGCGGCGCAUUCUUCAGGGCGUCUUCGGGGGAAGGUACGAGAACCCCGGCGCGGUCGCGAGGAAGCUCGGUCUGAACCCGCGCGCGCUGUCGCAGCUCACCGGGCCGCUGUGGAUCGCGCCCACGAAGGACUGCGGCCGUUUCGACCGCGUCGACGUCGGGCUGAACCUCAAGUCUGGGAACAAAGGGCUGUGCGUGUCGGACUACACGCGCCCGCAAAAGGAAGGCAACGGCUGGGAGUACUCCCAGCACGCGAUCAAGCUCAUGCAGGAGUACAAAGCGAAGCACGGCUGGGUCUUCAACGCGAUCAUGGCGGACCCGGACAACGGAUUCGAGGGCCUCCUCCUCGACGACGCGCUCAAGCACGUCGCGGAGCCGAGCCGGUUGGGGAUGCUUAAGGAUCUUAAAGCGUGGCUCAAGGCGACGCCCGCGGCGCGAAAGCCGCUCGUCUCGAAGUUCUCCAAAGUCGCCGCGGAGGAGGCGAUCAGGGCGCUGUACGCCGCGACCGGCGCGAGGGAGGUGGCGGGCGGGAGACCGCCGCCGAUCGCGCUCGAGUCCGUCUCCCCGCUCGCGUUGAUGCAGCCGGUGAGAGCGGGUGAGAUAUUGGACCUGUACGCCGGCGGCGACUUCGACCUGGGCGACCGCGUCGCGAUGGUCGGCGACAGCGGCGCGCCGGCGUUCGGGACGCGAGGGUACGUCGUCGCCGUGCACGGCGAAGCCGCGGAGGUGAUGUUCGACGUCGACUUCGUCGGCGCGACGGACCUUCACGGCGCGCUGCCGGAGCGCAGAGGCGCGUUGCUGCCCACGGCGCAGCUCGUCAACUUGUCGCAUCCGCCGGCGAUGCCGCAGUUGGGCGCGGCGGCGCCGGACCAAAAGAAGGCGGAUAAGAAGGGCAAGGAUUUAAAACUGCCGAAGGGGUUCAAGGAGGCGUGGAGGGAAGAUAACGGCGGCGGCGGGAAAGGGAUCCUCGCCAUGGCCGCGGCGUUGUUGCCGGGGAAAGCAAACGGGGCUGGGGCGGCGGCGACGGCGCCGCCCGCGGGGCCGCGGAUGCCCGUCGCGGGGUCGAAGGGCUUCGACGGCGGCAUGGGCCGCGGCAGGGGUAAACCGCCUCCUGGCGGAGGGGUUUCUUCUAAGACCCUCGGCGCGGUCCCCGCGCCGAAACCCGGGGCGCCGGGCUCCCCCGGGUCGCCCGCGGACCUCAUGGCGAUGCUGACGGGCGCGAACAACAAAGCCGCGACGUCGGACAUCAUGAACAUGCUCGGCGUCGGCGGCGGCGGCGGCGGCGCGACGGCGGCGCCCGCGCCGAAGUCUGCGCCCGCGCCGCCGCCCCCCGCGCCCGGGGCGGCGCUGAUGUCCAUGCUCGGCAUCGGCGGCGGCGCGCCCGCGCCCGCGCCUCCCGCGGCGAAACCGGCCGCGUUAUCUCUCGAGCAGAUCGAAGCCGCCGCGAUGGCCGGCGGCGGCGGCGGCGGCGCGAAACCCGCCAAGGUCUCCGCGAAGCAGCCGCCCGCGCCGAAGCGCGCCGCCGCGGCGGGCGUGGCUCCGGCUCCGGCUCCGGCUCCGGCCCCUCCCGGCGCGAACGACCCCGCGGCGUUCUGGAACAUGCUGUCGGGCGGCGGCGUGCCCGCGGUCGCGAUGCCGCCCAUGCCGACGGCGCCUCCCAAGGCGGUCGUCGCGAGCGCCGCCGCCGCCGCGCCGCCGCCGCCGCCGAUGCCCGCGGCGACGGCGUCGCUGAGCGACAUCGAGGUCCCGGCGACCGCGGCCGCGACCGCGGGCGACGACCCGCUCGCGUUCUGGAAGGAGCUCCAGUCGCAGCACAAGGCGGAGGCGGAGAGGCUGACGGGCGGGAGCGGCGACGGCGACGGCGGCGGCGGCGACGGCGGCAGGUCGCGGAUGUCGAGCCAUCGCCGUCGAUCGAAAAAGUAG